AUGCCAGGUCCUCGCGGAAAGACGAAGGCAAAAAAGCCAAAACCAAUCGUUAAUGUUCAUUCCGUGACACGUGUCCCAUCAGAGGAGUUCAUCGGGUUGGUAGACGAUAUCGAGGGAGCUGAAGGAUGGAACACGAGAGUCAAGGUACUGUGCGAGUUCCUCCAGUUACCGGAUCUCUCUAGACGAAGUGGCUUGAAGAAAGUCCAUGCCAACUUCAACGAAGUUUAUCAUAACAUCGAUGAUGUCUACGUCGCAAAUAUAACAAACGAGAAAAUCACCGGGGCAAUCAUCGGCAUUUAUACCAAGAUGUGUGCCGAUGCCAUCCUCCGAGACAAGCUCUUUCAGAAAGGUUUGGUGUCUAAGAUCACUCCUUUGAUCAAGAUUCCUUCCACGCGUUAUCUUGCUCUCCGCGCACUUACUACCGUGACGCAUCAUGGGGGUGUCGAUAUUCGCAAAGAAAUCUCACUCGAGUCCCCUUCCCUACUCAAGAUCAUACAAGAAAAUCCAGAUGAUCUCAGGGCUGCCGAGAUGGCGAUUUCUACCAUGGCUCAUGCCAUCGGCGCUGCAAUCAACCAGGAAGAUUCGCCGGCUCAAAAAUACAUCAAGGCGGCCAAUAUCAAAAUUUUGAUUCCAGUUGUAAUAGAUUUCAUGCGCAAGCCUGGGGUUACCAUUCAGCUCUUGCAUCAUGGUCUAGAAUUGCUUACGCACCCUGUUCUCCACUGUUGGAGUGAAUGCAAGACUUCUGCACCACUUCAGAAUUUGCUUGUGGCUUGCCUGCGGAGUGCAGACCUUACCGUGCGUGUCAGCGCGCUGGGUGGCCUGCUUCGUCUCGAAGCCUUGUCUUCGGAGGAGGACCAGAGACAUUUUGACCCUCAGAAGCUCAUGACAGCAAUCGAACGCCGUUUCCCUGACCAUCUCGUUGAUAUCUUGACAGAUUACGGCUCAAUGCGCUGUGAUACAUUUCUUACUAUGGCUUCGACCGCCGACAAUCAAAAGGCGAUGAUGAAGUGUGCGCAGGACAAGGAUCUUUAUAGUCUUGGUCUAAAGCUCGCAGAACUUAUCACCAGAACCGAGUUCUCUAUCGCAGAAGGCGGCUUCCAGAUGCAAGAUCCCCGUACUGGAAAGAUAGAAAUCAACAGGGACAUAGGUCUACCAUUCAUCAUGUGGUCCGAUGCACUGCCCCAUUGCGCUAGAGCCAUCCGUGCAAAGGGUCGUUCGGGAGAGGAAGAUCUUGCAGAUAUGAUUACCGCAAAGUUUUUCAUUAUCAGAUCUCGCAUCCCCGACGCCAUCGAAGCUGCAAAGCGCGGUCUUCAACGCAACCCCAAAUUCGCAUACUUCUACUAUGUGAUCACGUUGGGUAAAGACCACUACGAGGGCUUGCGUUCUGCGAAGAAAGGCUUGAAGUGCCCGAAGAUGACGCCGUUCGUACGCUUUGGACUCUUACAUCGUGCUGUCGAGCUCGCAGGCAAUCUGGGAGUAUGUCGCAUUCAGGAAUCCAGCCCAGGAGAUAGGAAAUAUGAUGAGGGUGUUGCAUUCCUUAUGAGCGCGAUGGAGGACGCAAAGGUUUACGCCACGGAGGCUCCCCCAGAUGCAAGACACAUGAAGAACGUGCUAUACUGGUACAUCUGUCUCACUCUUACCAUCAAGGGACCAGAUACACCAGCAGACCUUCAAGAGCUUCAGGUAUCACAGGUCGCAUUGAAGAAGUUGGGGUAUGCCGACGAAUUUAGCGUACUCCUGGGCACUAUUCCCCCGAAAACGCAAUUGCGUCUGACCCAGCAAAACAUCGUCAAGCGCUACCCCACUGCUGUGGAAGAGUGGAAGGAUCUGAUUGCACGCUUUGACGAGGUGAUGAUGGACGAACGCCCCAUCUCAUUAGAGAAAGCUGAAGAUGAUCUUGCUGCGUGGCUUGACGACCUCCACAUUGAUCAGGGAGAGGAAGACGAAUGUCAGCCACAGAGAUGUUCGCAUCCACGGGUCAGCCCGAACACCGUGGCGUUGUACAGGUGUUCGUGGUGCGGCAAUCCCAGUGCUGCGCUGAGGAAGUGCAGUGGUUGUGAGAAAGCGAGGUAUUGCGAUGGUGGGUGCCAAAAGUCACAUUGGUCUGAGCACAAGGCCAUAUGCAGGACGUCAAUGGCCUGA